ACUGUCUAAUAGGUUAAUAGAUAAAGUCUUUAAUAUUGAAUUAAAAUAUUUAUGGAUAAUGAGACUAAUGCAUCCUAUUUAACUCUUAGUGGGUUCGGAGAAAUGAACAAAUACAGGUAUUUGUUUUUUGCCAUUUUGUUUACCAUAUAUGUUUUAAUUAUAUGUAGUAAUUCUACUAUUGUGUAUAUUAUCUGGAAAACACAAAACCUCCAUGAGCCCAUGUACAUUUUUAUUGCUGCUUUGUUAUUUAACUGUGUUGUUUACGCCACCACUGUUUACCCAAAACUCCUGAUAGACUUUGUAUCUGAAAAACAGAUCAUAUCAUAUUCAGCCUGCCUCUUCCAGUUCUUUAUGUUUUAUUCUGUAGGUGGAACAGAAUUCUUACUGUUGGCAGCCAUGGCUUUUGACAGAUACGUGUCCAUUUGUAAACCUCUGCUAUAUCAAACUAUCAUGAGGAAAAGUACAGUGAAUAUUAUCCUGAUUUUAGUUUGGUUUUUACCUGCCUGUCACAUUGCAGCUGAAACUAUUUUAAGUGCUGAAACAAAAAUAUGCAAUAUAAAUAUGAAAGGAAUAUUUUGUAACAAUGUUUUUUUCUCCCUUCAUUGUGUCAAAUCAAGAGCACUUACUGUGUUGGGACUUGUUUCUUUAUUAGAUCUUGUUUUACUUCCCAUGCUUUUCACAUUUUUCACAUAUGCAAAGAUAUUUCUAGUAUUGUUUCAAAAUGGUAAAAUAUUCAGGAGAAAGGCUGCUGAGACCUGCAUACCCCACCUUUUAGUUUUAAUCAACUUCUCUUAUUUAGCAGCUUAUGAUGUUGCUAUAGCUCGAGUGGAGUCAGAUGUUUCUAAAAUUGCUCAUUUUAUAAUGACUUUGCAAAUAUUUUUGUACCAUCCUCUGUUUAAUCCUUUUAUCUAUGGCCUUAAAAUGAAAGAUAUUUCAAAGCAACUGAAACACUUUUAUUUAAACAAAGUGUAAGUGCAAUAGUUUGCAAUUUUUAAACAAAUUUAUUUUCAGUGAGAGUUCAAAUAUAACAUCUUUUUUUGUUACCACUGUAUUGCAGAGAAUAUUAUUUUGGGCUUUUUUAGGAUAUUGACAUAAUUUAAAGAAAAAACACAGGAAAAGGCCUCUACAGACUUUUUUCUUGCUAGAAUUAUUGAGUCACUUUCCCAUAAUUAUUUUAGAAGUGAUAACUGUUAGAGCUGACAAAUGUACUAAAAUAAUUGCAUAAAAUAAUAAUCUUACUAAUGGGAUGGUUUCAUUA